UCAUUAUUCUACGCUUGCCGGCAAUGUUUAGUUUCAAAGCCUGUUGCAAUUUAAAAUGGCUACCAUGUUGCCUACUAUCCUAAUUCAUUACUACUUUAUGAUAUAGUCAAUAGGAGUCAUCUCCUGGGGGGAAAAAAAUGUAUAUUUUUGUCUCCCAAACUGUCAAAUUCUAUCACUGCUUUGGCGACAAUUAAUGCGCGUCCACACGACGGCCUUCGGAAUUAAGUGAGUAGGAGUUCAUGGUAUUUCCGCGUACUUGCAGUAUUUAGAGGGACCCGCGGAGUCGAGGCAUGGACCCCAACCGGAUCAUUCAGGCUCUGAGAGGGACCAUCGAUCCGAAUCUCCGAAGAGCGGCCGAAGAUGAACUCAAUCAGUCCUACAAAAUCAUCAACUUUGCGCCGACUCUACUUCAGAUCAUUAUGUCAGAGCAGGUGGAGUUUCCAGUUCGACAGGCAGCGGCGAUCUAUCUGAAGAACAUGAUUGACCAGUAUUGGCAGGACAGGGAGCCGUCCCUGGGGAAAGCGGUCUUCCUCUUCAACAUUCACGAAAACGACCGCCAGCAGAUCCGGAACCACAUCGUGGAGGGUGUCCUCCGCUGUCCGGAGACCAUACGGGCCCAGCUGACGAUGUGCCUUCGGACUAUCAUCAAACAUGACUUCCCAGGGCGUUGGACAGCCGUCGUGGACAAGUUAAGCUUGUACUUGCAGUCGAACAACAGCAGCAGCUGGUACGGGAGCCUGCUGGCUCUCUACCAACUCGUCAAAAUCUACGAGUACAGGAAGGCGGAUGAGAGAGAACCCUUUCUGGCAGCCAUGCAAAUUUUUCUGCCCCGGAUUCAGCAACUCAUCAUCCAGCUGCUGGCUGAUGCCACGAUCUUCUCUGUCCUCAUUCAGAAACAAAUCUUGAAAAUCUUCCAUUCUCUCAUACGGUACUCGCUGCCUCUCCAGCUGAUUAACAAUUCAGUGACGACCCAGUGGAUGGAAGUCUUUCGUGCUAUAAUGGACCGCGACGUUCCUUCUGCGACUUUGGAGGUGGAUGAAGAUGACCGGCCAGAGUUGGCGUGGUGGAAAUGUAAAAAAUGGGCCCUGCGUGUCAUUGCGAGGCUGUUCAAGCGAUAUGGAAGCCCAGGCAAUGUGACAAAAGAUUACGUUGAGUUUGCAGAUUUCUUCCUGAAGACUUAUGCGGUGGGCUUUCAACAAGUCUUGUUGAAGGUGGUGGAUCAGUACAGACGGAAGGAGUACGUCACGCCUCGUGUUCUCCAGCAGUGUCUCACCUACUUCAACCAGGGACUUUGUCAUUCUCUGACGUGGAAACAGUUGAAGCCUCACAUGCAGACUAUUUGUCAAGAGGUGAUCUUCCCUCUCAUGUGCUGCAAAGAUGAGGAUGAGCGGCUGUGGCAGGAAGACCCAUUUGAAUACAUCCGCAUCAGGUUUUACCUCUAUGACGAUCACGCCUUUCCAGCCAGUGACGCAAAGAGCCUUUUGUGCAAUGCCGCGCGAAAAAGGAAGGAGGUUCUGCCUCAAAUGAUGGAGUUCUGCCAUCAGACGCUGAUGGACCCCUUGGCCGACUCCCGACGGAAGGACGGAUCGCUGCACUGCAUUGGGGCGCUAGCGGAGCUACUACUGAAGAAGCGGAUCUAUGCGGAGCAGAUGGAGUUGAUGCUGCAAAGCUACGUCUUCCCUUUGCUCGACUCUCGAUUGGGUUACCUGCGAGCCAGGUCCUGCUGGGUCCUCCACUGCUUCAGUCAGCUGACUUUCCAUAAUCCGGUAGCGUUGCGGAACGCCGUGGAGUUGGUCAAGAAGGACCUGGUGGACGACAACGAAAUGCCGGUCAAGGUGGAGGCCGCCAUCGCUUUGCAAAUGUUGAUCAGGAAUCAGGAGGAGGCCAAGGUUCACAUCAGGCCGCACAUCCGACCCGUCAUGCAGCAGCUGCUCCAUGUGAUGAAAGAGACGGAGAAUGAUGAUUUGACAAACAUCAUUCAGAGGAUGAUCGGCGAGUACAAGGAGGAAGUUGCGGCAAUUGCCGUUGACAUGAUGCGGAGCCUGGCUGAGAUCUUUACCAGGGUUCUUGAGAGCGAGGAGUACGAGGAGAACGAGGACAAGACAGUCAUGGCCCUUGGUAUUCUCAACACCAUCAACACCAUUGUCAGGGUCAUGGCGGACCACAAGGAGAUCACUCAACAGCUGGAGGACGUCUGUUUGCAGGUGAUCGGCCUGGUCUUGCAGAAAUCUAUCAUAGGUAUGCCAGAAUUCUAUGAGGAGAUUCUGUGUCUGGCGUUUGGACUGACGUGCCAGACCGUCUCCCCCCAUAUGUGGCAGCUGCUCAGCGUCCUGUACGAGGUCUUCCAACAUGGCUGCUUUGACUACUUCACCGAUAUGAUGCCACUUUUGCACAACUAUGUCACCGUGGACACGGAUGUCUUCAUCGCCAACCCCAACAACUUGGAGAUCAUCUACAAUAUGUGUAAAAAGGUACUGACCACAGACUCAGGUGAGGAAGGAGAAUGUCACGCUGCUAAACUUUUGGAGGUGAUCAUACUGCAGUGCAAAGGCAGAGGGAUCGACCAGUGUAUCCCUCUGUUCGUGGAGGCGGCGCUGGAGCGGUUGAUGCGCGGCGUCCGGUCCAACAAGCUUCGGAUCACGUGCCUGGACGUGGCCAUCGCUGCUCUUUACUACAGCCCCGCCCUUCUCAUGCACACUCUGGACAACACCCGCUUCCCCCCGAAUCCGCAGACCGUCACUCCCCUCUUCAUCAACCAGUGGAUGAACGACACCGAAUUCUUCCUUGGGCUCCACGACCGUAAGAUGUGCAUCAUUGGGCUGACCUUGCUGAUGGAGCUCCCCAGCCGUCCGGCGGCGUUGGAGGCCGUCGCCGGCCAAAUCCUUCCUUCCGUGCUGCUCCUCUUCUUGGGCCUGAAGCACACCCCCGCUUCCCGUCACGUCAACAAACCUGACCCGCCGGCCCGCGCCAGGGCUCCGGACGAAGAUCAAAACGAGGAGAUUCCCACAGAUGAGGAUGAAGUGAACGAAAAAUGCGUCGACAUGCAGCAGCAGUCCAGCGUGCCGAUGGGUCCGGGAGACGAGAGCAAUGAUGAAGACGACGAAGACGACUACUGGGACGACGACGAUGACGACAACAGCUUCGAAGGGACACAUCUGGAAGAGUACAGCACCCCCCUUGACUAUGACAACGGCGAAGAUGAGUAUCAGUUCUUUGCGUCUGCCUUGCUCAGGGUACAGAAUGCGGAUCCGGCUUGGUACCAGUGUUUGACGGCCCCUCUCAGCGACAACCAGAAAACGCAACUCCAGGAGAUUUACAGCGUCUCGCAGCAGAGGAGGAGCACGGCCACCAGGGGGCAGUGGUCAGGAGCAACAUGAUGAUGAUCGUUUUUUCUUUUUUUUUUCUCGCUUACUUUGUGUUGUGUCGACCACGUCUCAGCUCCAUUUGAAUUCAAACUUUAAUUUGAAGUUUGUGAUCGUGAGGUUGCAAAAAAUGUGAAACAGUUCAAGGGGUUCAAAUCCGUUUAUUCGGGCGUCAUAGCAAAGUCAACCCGUUGGGAAACGUUUGGAAGAGGACACUAAAUUCCGGUGAUUUCCAUGUCGAGCGCACUUGUUGUUUUAUUUUUGAAGAGUGCCAAUGAGGUUCGCGAGGGUUCGAUUUGGAGGCUCACGCUGACCGCCGGACUUGAUCCGGAAUUUCAGGCGACUUUCAGGCUGGCUUUCGCUCUCAUCUGGGACGUUGUGCAAUUUCGCGUCGUCCAGACUGUAUCCAACCGGGCAGACUGUAUUCAUAUUUCUCGAAGGAAAAAGGAAAGGGAAGAAUGAUCCUUUUUCACCGUUGGCGCACUUCAGUUCGUGUCUGUGUGUAGUUCUCAGAGAAUAACACAAACGUGUUUGCGUGUACGAUAAUCUUCUCUCGCCGUAGCAAAAGUAUUUCUCUCAGCGGAAGGAACCGGAGAAUUGAAUAUUUACAUUUGAAAUGUCGUCUGCAAUCCGUACCCCCGGCGAGGGGUGUCACGAAUAAGGAAUGAAAGCUUUGCUUAGAUUUUCUUGUGCGUUCUGGAAAAAGUUUGACUGAAGGAAUUUUUAGAAUAAAAAAAAAA